UGGGGAGGGGACAUUGAGGAUGGAACACUAGGAAAGGGACACCGUGGAUGUUGGGGGUCAGGACCACUAAGCACCAAGGACCACCCACACUGGAGACACCGGGAUGGGGAACACCAGUGGACAUUGGGAAAGGGAAGACUGGGAACGGGGCCACUGGGGACAGGGACAGCUGGGAACAGAGCCCGGGGCUACCCGGAAAGGGACAGCCAAGCCACUGUCUCUCUCCCUGGGCAGUGGGUCGCCAAGGCACAGCAGCAUCACAGCCAGCUGCAAGAGUAACCUAGGCAGCUGCCACGGAUCCUGGCUCACCGGAUCCCCAUUCCCACAGGGUCAACUCACCAUGGCUGCAGCACAGCUUGUCACCUGGGGGAUGCUCCUGGCCACCGGAGUCCCUGCCAAGGCCCAGGGGGUGCUGCCAGCAGGGCUGUCCUUAGGUGGGGACCCCUUGCACCGCCCUGCCUGGGGACAGCAGUGGCCAGGCCCAUCCCCCACCUGGGAGGCAUCGGGGGAUCCGAGUGGUGCCGGGGCCCCAAGGAGUGAGCGCUGGGGGGUCAAGCACCCCGUGCACUGGUCCUUGCCACUGCAGGCAGGGGAUGGCACCAGGGCACCCCUGGAGAUGGAAACCACUAUGACAGGCGCUGAUACCAAGGUCUGGAGGGAUGGCAGCACAGUCCUGGCUGUGACAGAGGAGCCACUCGUUGCCUGGCAAGGGCACGAAGCGGAAGGCCAGGACAGCUCCCUGCCCCAUGGCUCUGCACUGAGUACACUGGGCCCUGAGGUGCCCAUGGACAGAGGGGCAGAUUCUCCAGGGCCACCCUGGGCAGGGCAGGGCCUUUCCCUGUCCAGGCACAGCAUCUCCAAGACCCCCAGCCCUCAGCCAACCGUAUCCACCACUGACCUGGACCCCACGCUGGCAGCGGGCAUGAGGACAGCGGGACACACAGCGGCAGAGGGACACACAGUGGUCCCGGGCCUCUCUCAGGAUGCACAACGCACUCCAGCCAGCAGCCAGUCGGUCCCGCUGGGCACAGCCCCCGUCUCUGAUCCCACAGGCACGGGGCCAGACUGGGGUCUCCAUGCCAGCCCUGGCUCUGUGCAGCUGGUGGGCAGCUGGGGGGACACGGGAGAGCCCCCCAGCCCCUCCCCGGCUCUGCCCAGCUCUGCCCCACAGCUGCACCACACUGCCCAGUCCUGGGGGCUGGCUGAGCCCUGGACUCGAGCGCUCCCGUCCCAUCAGCGCAGCACCCGGAGGGCUCCACUCAGCCACGCCACCACCAGCCCCGGCGAUGCGGGCCCCCGGACAGACCCUGGGACUACGGGGCAGCAGGGACCCCAGCCCGUCCCAGGGUCUGUCCUCAGCACCGGCCCUGCGCCACCUUCCUCCUCCAGCACGGCCACCCCUGGUACCCCGAGCAGAGGGCUGCUGCCCGAGGAGGACGUCGGCUCCCCGCAGCAGGUCCGGGGCGCCGUGGGCCCUGUGAGUGUCCCAAAUGACACCAAUACGACCCCACAGCCAACGGCACAUCCCACCACGGGGACGCUCGGGACAAGGCACCCAGACACGCCGGGGACGCAGACCCCAAGCCCCAGCACUGCGACCCCCUCGGCCACGUGGCGACGGGCAGAGAUGACGCCUCAGCCAGUCCCCCGAGAUCCAUCAUCGCCGCAGCCACACUCCACAGACCGUGCCCCCCCGGCGCCGGUGGCCAACGCGACCGGGCUGCGCUGGGCCGAGCUGCAGCACCAGCUGGGCUUCUCCUGGGAGGCUCAUGUCUAUGGAGUGGCUGCCGUGUUCCUGCUGCUGGCGCUGGGCUGCCUGGCCGGGCUGGCGGGGACAGCCAUCCUGCGGCCCCCACACCUUUUCCACGUUGCGGGGGCCCACGGGCUGCUGCUGGCCGCCUGCCUGCUGCGGGCCACCUUCCUGCUGCUGGAUCCCUACGGGGCACGGGGCCGUCUGCCCGCUCCGGCCCUGCUGCUGCUCCACACAGCCCCUUUCCCCCUGCUGCUCGCCGCCUUCGCCCUCCUGCUCCAGCGGCUGCAGCGCCUGGCCCAGCUCCAGCUGCUGCCGUCGCGGCUGCGGGGGCUGCCGGCGCUGGGGGCUGUGGCGGCCCUGCAGAGCGCGGUGAUGGGGACCGCCGACCUGCUGCCGCCGCGGCUGGGGCUGGGCGCCGCGCUGGGGCUGCAGGCGCUGGGCUGCGCGGCGGGGGCUCUGCUGCUGCUGGGGGGGCUCUGGGGGUGCUGGCGGCUGCUGCGGGCGCCCUGCGAGGGGCCGGGGCCGCAGCCGGGGCCGCGGGCGCUUCUGGCGGCGGCGGUGGCGGGGCUGCCGGUCUGCGGGCUGCAGCUCUUCGGCGCUGUGUGGCUGCGAGGAGCCCUGGGGCCCCACGGGCGCUUCUCCCGGCCCAGCUGGGCGGCACAGCUCUGGCUGCGGAUCGGCGAGCUGGGCACGGCCCUGGCGCUGCUGGCGGCCGCCGCCGAGCCUGUGCGCUGUCGGUGCCGCCGCCGGAGCCCGGCCGGGCACUCCUGCUGGGCCAAGGCACUGCGGUACUUCUGCGCCGGCCGCAAAGCUGAAGCGCCCGAAUACCCCAACAACUGCUACGACUGGGCCGGUGGCAGCACCGGCGGCACCGGUGCGGAGCGGACGCCCGCCAAUGACAUCUCCAAGAACCUCAUCCGCAACCCGGCGGAGCAGCUGCCCCUGCGGGCUCUGAAGGACAGCAACGAGGUCUGGGCAGCCGGCACCGGGAUGCCGGGGCUGAGCCCCAAGUGCCCCAACAUGUUGGCCGCCCGCUCCUGCGCCGCCUUUGAGCAGGGCUCGUCCCCCUCCCUGGGAGAGCUGAUCUUCCGCCCGCCGUCCCCCAUCGACCUGCGCCGCAGCAUCGACCAGGCGCUCUGCCGCCGCCACCUCCUGCACGACGGCCUCUUCGCCCGGCCCCGCCGCGGCUCCGGCUCCUCACUGCACGGCUCCCCAGCCCCUGACCAGACCCCCAGCUUGGGGCGCAUGGUGCGCUGCAGCUCGCUCACGGAGCUGCCCGGCCCCCGCCAGCCCCACGGGACCAUCACUGUCACUGUCACCGCCUCAGCCAGCUCGCUGGAGAGCAGCUCACUGAAGAUCAGCUGGAACCCCUGGCGCCAUGGGCUGUCCUCGCCCGACAGCCUGCACCUGGACGAGGCGCCCAGCCGGGUCCCUCUCCUGGUGCCCGCUGGAGCCGCCGGCGGGGAGCACGAGGGUCCCCGCGCCUUCCCAGCCCUUGGCAGGGCGGUGGAUUCCCGCAGCCUCUCCAGCGACACCAUUGAGCUCUGAGCCCGGCACAGGCAGAGACUGGGGGCGCAGGAGGACGAUGAGCCUACAGUGAGGGUGCGGGGGUCUGAUCCUGUGCCCCGGUAGGGCCGGGCAGGGGCGGUUCCAUUUGUGCCAAAUGAGAGAAAUAAAAGAGUUUAUGCUAGGA